GCGAGAAAGCAGCAGAAUUUCAAACAGGUGCGUUGCAGCAGCAGCAGUUGCCUGAGCUAAGCCCAACCUCGCCAUGUCUGGGGAGCUGGAGAUCAUGGAAUCGCAGGUGAUGUGGGAGCCGGACUCCAAGCGCAACACCAAUAUGGACCAGUUCCGGGCAGCGGUAGCUGCUGCUUACGGGAUUCCCCUGGCCAACUACAAUGAAUUGUACCAUUGGUCGGUGAAUCACUAUGCAGAUUUCUGGGCAGAAUUUUGGAAGUUUAGUGGGAUUGUCUUCUCCCGUCUUUAUGAUGAGGUGAUUGACCCUUCCAAGGGCAUUGCAGAUGUUCCGGAGUGGUUUAAAGGCAGCAGGUUGAACUAUGCAGAAAACCUCUUAAAGCACAAAGAAAAUGAUAAAAUUGCGCUCUAUGCUGCACAGGAAGGCAAGGAAGAGAUCGUGAAGGUGACUUUUGAAGAGCUAAGGCAGCAGGUCGCUCUCUUCGCAGCAGCCAUGAGGAAGAUGGGGGUGCAAACAGGAGACAGAGUUGUCGGCUACUUGCCCAAUGGCAUCCAUGCGGUAGAAGCAAUGUUGGCCGCAGCGAGCAUUGGCGCCAUCUGGAGUGCAACGUCGCCGGACUUUGGCAUCAAUGGUGUACUGGACAGAUUUUCGCAAAUUCAGCCCAAGUUGAUCUUUUCUGUUGAAGCUGUCAUUUACAACGGGAAGAAACACAAUCACUUGGAAAAGCUUCAGAACGUCGUAAAGGGACUCCCAGAUCUAAAAAAGGUAGUGGUGAUCCCAUAUGUUUCCUCGAGAGAAUCUAUAGACAUUUCCAAAAUUUCGCACAGCGUCUUUCUAGAAGACUUUCUUGCGGCAGGGAAGGGAGAUCAAGCCCCCCAGCUAGAGUUCGAACAGCUUCCUUUCAGCCACCCUCUUUUUAUUAUGUAUUCUUCUGGCACAACAGGAGCUCCGAAAUGCAUGGUUCACUCAUCAGGGGGGACGUUAAUUCAGCAUUUGAAAGAGCACCUCCUCCAUGGUAACAUGUCCAGCAGUGACAACAUCAUGUACUACACAACAACCGGUUGGAUGAUGUGGAACUGGCUGGUUUCUGCUCUCGCUGUUGGUGCAUCUGUGGUUCUAUACGACGGGUCGCCGCUCGUUCCAUCCCCCAAUGUCCUCUGGGAUUUGGUUGACCGACUAGGUAUCACCAUCCUUGGGACAGGUGCCAAAUGGCUGGCGGUGCUGGAAGAGAAGAACCUUAAACCAUGUGAAACUCAUAAUCUCCAAACGCUCCACACCAUCCUGUCAACUGGCUCACCCCUCAAGCCUCAAAGUUACGAGUACGUCUACAAACACAUAAAGAGCAGCGUUCUGCUGGGAUCCAUAUCAGGAGGCACAGAUAUAGUUUCCUGCUUUAUGGGUCAGAAUGUGUCCAUUCCAGUUUACAAAGGCGAGAUCCAGGCACGGAAUCUGGGAAUGGCAGUGGAAGCCUGGAACGAUGAAGGCAAGCCAGUUUUGGGGGAAAGUGGAGAGCUGGUCUGCACCAAGCCUAUGCCCUGCCAGCCAACACACUUUUGGAACGACGAGAAUGGAAACAAGUAUAGAAAGGCUUAUUUCUCAAGAUUUCCAGGUGUCUGGGCUCACGGCGACUAUUGCAAGAUCAACCCCAAGACAGGAGGUAUCGUCAUGCUUGGCCGCAGUGAUGGCACACUGAAUCCAAGUGGUGUGAGGUUUGGGAGUUCUGAGAUCUAUAACAUAGUGGAAGCUUUUGAGGAGGUUUCGGACAGCCUCUGCGUCCCUCAGUACAACAAAGAUGGCGAAGAAAGGGUGAUCCUUUUCCUAAAGAUGGCCACCAACCAGGAGUUCAGCCCAGAUUUGGUGAAACGCAUCAGGGAAGCGAUCCGCGUCGCACUCUCUGCCCGGCAUGUUCCCAGCCUCAUUCUGGAAACUGAAGGCAUUCCGUACACAAUAAAUGGGAAGAAAGUUGAAGUGGCUGUCAAACACGUUAUCGCUGGGAAGGAAGUGGCUCAGCGGGGCACCUUCUCCAAUCCAGAGACCCUGGACCUUUACCGAGACAUUCCUGAGCUCCAGAACUUCUGAAGGAUUCUGCCUUUUCCCCAUCUCUGUUUGCGUGUGUGCGUGUGUGGUUUUGUACUGUGUAUAUAAUAUGUAUAUGGACGCUGUAUGCAAAAGAAACUAUUUAAGUGAUGGUGCUUCUUUUGAAAAAGAAGAAACACUCUUUUGAUUUGCCAAGUGCUUCAUGAAAAGGCUUCUGGAAGGGCAGCCCUGCAAAUCUGGGUGUAUCAGCGUUGCUUUCCUUCCAGCCUAGAAGAUCUAGCUUGCCUCUUUUCAGAUGCAGCUGGGCACAGAGACUUUUUAAAUGAUCUACACUAAAAAAAAUGUGUCUUCUGGUUUGAAUUUUAUCUUUUAAAAUCGAGGAAAUAGGGUAGUAGGCAUAUAUACCGUUUGAUAAUGGUUGGAGGUGGGGCAUCUGUUUCCCCCGAGAUGCUGUUGGACUCCAAUUCCCAUCAGCCUCAACCAGCAUGGCUAAUUGUCAGGGAUUAUAGGAGUUGUAGUUCAGCAACAUCUGGAGGGCUGCAUGUUCUCAUUCCUGGUUAUGGUUUAAAACUGCUCAAGGUUCUAGGAAACUACUGGUGGCUUUUCAGUGGGAAGACUAGAAAACUGUGGGCAUGUUUCUCAUGCUUGCUUUACUGCUACUGUUCUUCACUUGAGGUUUUUUUAAGGCAAUGGGGAUGUUGAGUGUGAUAGAAAGAGUGCAUUCUCAGUGGUGAUAGUGCCCAGCAGGCUUAGAUAGCAGCAUCCUGAAGAAACGAGGGUGUUUUCCUUAGACCACACCCCCCAAUCCUCAACAGGAGACAGGGGAUUGAUAUGUCACUGACAAUUGCAUGUGGGAAAGUUUCCCAGAUGCAAGGAUGUGUUCACAAGAACUGGAUUCAGUUUAUUUUUACUUAUUCUUUUUUAAAUAAAGAGAUUGACUUA